UUGUAACUUUACUUUUGCUUUGGCUGUUACAAGUAAAAAAAAAAACUAAAAAUGUUUCGCCAAUUUAUAGCGAUCGUUGUUCUUGCAUUAAUUUCAUAUACUUAUGCACAAUACACUUCACCAGGCCAAUGCAGUGACAGGACUACUUUAAGACCGGUGCAAAAUUUCAGUUUGGCGCGGUAUGCAAGUAAUAAUACGCCAUGGUAUCCCGUAAUUACAUACAGCAACAACUUCGAUUGUCAAAUCGUUUAUUUUCAACUAACGGAUAAUGUAACCAUGAAUAUGGUUUACAUCCAAAAAAAUUUAACCACCGGUAUAUGGUUUGACAGGGAAGCAGAAGUAACAUGGGUACCGGGUAAUAAUAGAGAAGGGGUUCUAAGUCUGGUUUACCCCAACGUUGUCGAUCCAUUAAUAUUUAGAAUACUUGGAAUUGAUUAUGUUAACUAUACCAUUGACUACAGAUGCAUCAAUCUGGACAGCUCAAGUAAAAGAGAAUCUCUGUAUGUGAUGAGCCGGAGCAGAAGUUUAACACCAGCACAAAAUGCUACAAUUCAACAAAUUCUUCAGGCUAACGGUCUUGGUGGAAUAAGACAGGUGACUGUCGUACAGGACGCAACAACCUGCUCGCAAUCUUAAUACCAAUAAAAUGUUAAAAUUUGUGAGUAUUGAUUACAAUUAAAUUAAAGUUAUUAUCGAUGUAAAUGAACAAUAUUGAGUCAGUUUUCUUUUUUUAUCACAAUUGCAAUGUAAAUUAUCAAUAUACUUAUAAAUAAAUAAGCAAUUGUAAUAUCUCAAA